AUGGCUUUACACGCACUAAAGACCCGCCUGCUUGCACUCAAGGAGGCCAAGACACCGGCCAUCCUAAUGUCGUUGGAUUUUCGAGGCGCUUUCGACAGCGUGUGGCACCCCCUCGUCCUUAAAUUUUUUAGGGAUCGGGGGCUACCGACGAACGUAUACCACCUUCGCACUUUCCUCGAGGACCGGCGUGUGGAGUUCACCUCCCACGCGGGCGCGGUCGAGGCCAGGCCAUCGCUGGGCAGCCCUCAGGGUUCGCCCCUGUCUCCACUUUUGUGGAACGUCAUCGUACAUGGGCUCCUCGAGCUUCCCAUGCCCGCCGGGGUGACCGCCCACGCGUACGCCGACGACACCAUCCUCGUCAUUUCGGCAAAGACGCGUGACGGGCUCGGCGCGGCGGGCUCGGAAGCUCUUCGGCGAGUGGUGGCAUGGGCCGCGAGCGUCAAGGUCUCCCUCAACCCGGAUAAGACUCAAUGUGUCUUGUUUUCUCAUGGACAUGGAGGGAUGGAACGCGUCCAUCCCACCGUCCGCCUGGGCACCUCGGGCAGAGGCUUGAAAUUCGUGGAGGCCCUCAAGGUUUUAGGCUUGACUUUUGAUAGGCGCCUCCACUUUUUCCAACAUGCCGACGGCCUCAAGGAGAAGGCCGAACAUCUGGCCUGCCGGGCGCUGACGUUCUUGCAAAUGCAGGGUACCCUGCAGCCGGCGGCAUUAACACGCCUUUACCAUCAGGUGAUGCUGCCGGCGCUCACGUACGCGUCGGCAGUGUGGUGGUCUGCCAAGCCGGACUGCAGACUCAGCGCCCGCGUCUUAAUGAAGGUGCCGCCACUGUCGCUCGAGCUAGACAGGACCGCGGCGGAAUUUAGACUCUUCGCGCUGCGCGAGGCCGUCGAGUUCGGCGACCUCGCGUUCUCCCCGCGGGAUAUCCUCUACCCCGCCGACCCUUGGAGAGUACACCCGGCCUCGAUGCGCGCAUUUCCGUUCGCGCAACUGUCGGCGCCGGAGGCGCGCAGUAGAUCGCGUGCCGCGGGCCUGCAUGUGUUCACCGACGGCUCCUACACGCCGCACUCAUCGGGCGCCGCCUUCGUCGUCCUCGGCCCGCGGGAGCGGAUCGGGGCGGUGGGCCGAUUUCGUGUGAGCGCCGCCACGAGCGCCUAUUGCGCUGAGAUAAUCGCAUUCACGGAGGCCUUGAAUCACCUGUGCGGCCACCGGCAGACGGCAGCGGUAUCUUUAUAUACCGACUGCCUAUCCCUGCUUCAAGCGGUCGCGACGCCCGGCUCGGCCGACCCCCGCAUUGUCCGUAUUCAAACGGCGCUCGGGGAGAUUGCCGGCUUGUCCGAGGUGCAUCUCUAUCACGUGCCCGGUCCUCUCUACGAACGAGGAGCGCCCUCCUCGGCCAAACCAUCAUUCCGGAGGGAUGCCGCAACGGACACUAACAACCGGGUGUCGAGACAAGGAUAUCAGAACUUCGACCCUCGCCUGACGAGCCGUGCGCUGCGCGGCGGCAUCACCUUUUACUCGGCUGACACGUGGACGGACGCACCGGUUUCGCACCACCUCCUCGGAGGGCGUCCGUUGGCCCAAUUGACGGCCGUCUUCCGUGGAAUCCUGUGA